GAUAGUAAAAAGAUAUAAUGUGAGGAACAUACAAGAAAGAUAUUUAAAACAGACUGUUAAAAAUCAUAAGUAACUCAUACUAGUUAAAAUAGUAUAUUAAAAUAGGGGAAAAUCAAUCACUUCAGCUAAAAGUUUAUCUCUCCAAGAAGACUGAGUGACUGAGUCCCAGGGCCCAAUCCCCAACCCUCACACCGGCAGCAGGCAUAAAAGGGGAGGGACCUUCAGCCAAAGGCACCUUUCCAUCUUCAAGUUGCAUUCCACAGAGGUUCCUAGAUUUCUUGAGGUCAUUUUCAAGGCAGAGAGAUGCCCUAACUAGAGCUUUAGCUUCGCCCUGAUUUUUUCGUUUGCUUAUUGUUUACCCUUGGGGAUAACAGCAAGUACAAAAUCUGAUUCCAACUUUUCCCAGCUCAAAACCUUCACAAACACUUUCACUUGUUCCCGAAUCAACACCUCACAGGCCUUGCUUUGGCAAACGGCUCCUGAUCCCAGCUUCCUGGCAUCUCCCUCCUUUCCUCCUCCCAUUCCCACCACCUGUCUCAGUGCACUCCCAGGAUGGGAGCUGACAUGGACUGUAUUUCUCAGUCGACACUGCACAUUUCCUAGGCAGAGACUAGGGCCGUCUUGGUGCUUGUUGCAUGAACAGAUCUAGCUCCACCCUGACACGUAAACUGGAUUUCCUGAUAUCUCCUUAAACAGGCCUUCCGUAGCCAGGUGGGCAUGUCAAGCCCGAGUGUCGGUGUAUCUUAAGUUUGUCUGGGCCUCCGUUUCCUUAACUCUAAAGUGAAGAGUUAGAACACAGAUUGUAUUUAAACACCCUGGUUGGGAGCUGCAGUGCCCUGAAUUCCCCCUCUUACUCCACCCCCUCAAUACUGACACACAGCCGACACUCAAUAAAAGUUUGUUGAAUUGACAAAAAUAAAUUUGCGGCUUCUUGCCCAGUACUUGGCACUUAGAGGCCCUCAAUAAAUGACUAUCGAGUUUAUGUUUCAUCUCCCCAGCGCAUUUGUGACAUUCUUAAGGGCGGGAACCAUGUACUCAAUAGGGCCCUGAUGAUAGAAAAGAAAAUCAGCUUGGUCCCUGUUCUCAAGUUCAUAGUUUAGUGUGGGAGACUAAUACAAUAACUCGCCGAUUCAACAGAUAUUUUUCCAACGUCCGUAUGUAUUGGGUGGAAAAGGUGAGGCAAGAGUUGUAUUUCCCGGACUCCUGAACAGGUUGCGAGAUGAUUGACUCCUGAGGGAGACCUUCUCACCUUUUCAUUGGUUGUCGCUGGCCCUCUCGUCUAUCACCCAACCAACCCCGAAUGCCUCUUGUAAGCCCCACCUCCGGCAGCCAGCCAAUCAGAAGUGCCGGGGCCCAGGGUGCUGCUGGGGCACUGACGCGGUUUCGAUUCUAGCGAAAAAUGCUUUGGCUCGGACCGUCCCGUGACAGGCGGUGCGAGGAGGCCAGGCCCGCGCCCGCCGAGCCCUAGGGCCGCUGCUGCCGACAGCCAUGGAGGACGAGCAGCCUGACAGCCUGGAGGGCUGGGUGCCGGUCCGGGAGGGCCUCUUCGCCGAGCCCGAGAGGCACCGGCUGCGCUUCCUGGUGGCCUGGAACGGCGCGGAGGGCAAGUUCGCUGUGACUUGUCACGACCGUACCGCGCAGCAGCGGCGGCUGCGCGAGGGGGCCCGGUUGGGGCCCGAGCCCGAGCCCAAGCCCGAGGCCGCCGUGUCCCCGCCCAGCUGGGCCGGCCUGCUCUCGGCCGCGGGGCUCCGCGGCGCGCACCGGCAGUUGGCGGCGCUGUGGCCGCCUCUGGAGCGCUGCUUCCCGCGGCUGCCGCCGGAGCUGGACGUGGGCGGCGGCGGGGCCUGGGGUCUGGGGCUCGGGCUGUGGGCGCUGCUGUGGCCGACGCGCGCGGGUCCCGGCGAGGCGGCGCUGCAGGAGCUGUGCGGGCAGCUGGAACGCUAUCUGGGCGCGGCGGCCGACGGCUGCGGCGGCGCCACAGUGCGCGACGCACUCUUCCCGGCUGAGGGCGGCGCGGCCGACUGCGAAAGCCCGCGCGAGUUCCGGGAGCGGGCCUUGCGCGCGCGGUGGGUCGAGGCGGACGCGCGGCUGCGCCAGGUUAUUCAAGGACACGGAAAAGCCAACACCAUGGUAGCAUUAAUGAACGUUUACCAAGAGGAAGAUGAAGCAUACCAGGAAUUGGUUACCGUGGCAACCAUGUUCUUCCAGUACUUAUUGCAGCCAUUUAGGGCUAUGCGAGAAGUUGCAACUUUAUGUAAGCUUGAUAUUUUGAAGUCUUUGGAUGAGGAUGACCUAGGUCCUAGAAGGGUAGUUGCCCUGGAGAAAGAAGCUGAAGAAUGGACCAGACGGGCUGAAGAAGCUGUCGUCUCUAUUCAGGAUAUCACAGUGAAUUAUUUUAAGGAGACAGUAAAAGCAUUAGCAGGAAUGCAGAAAGAAAUGGAACAGGAUGCGAAGAGAUUUGGUCAGGCUGCCUGGGCCACAGCAAUUCCCAGGUUGGAAAAACUUCAGCUAAUGCUAGCUCGAGAGACUCUGCAACUCAUGAGAGCGAAAGAGUUGUGUUUAAAUCACAAAAGAGCUGAAAUUCAGGGAAAGAUGGAAGAUCUUCCAGAACAAGAAAAAAAUACAAAUGUUAUAGACGAAUUAGAAAUACAAUUUUAUGAAAUUCAAUUAGAACUAUAUGAAGUUAAAUUUGAGAUAUUAAAAAACGAAGAAAUACUGCUUACUACACAGUUGGACUCUCUUAAAAGACUUAUAAAAGAAAAACAAGAUGAAGUUGUCUAUUACGAUCCAUGUGAAAAUCCAGAGGAACUUAAAGUCAUUGACUGUGUGGUGGGGCUGCAGGAUGAUAAGAAUUUGGAAGUGAAAGAACUCAGAAGGCAGUGCCAGCAGCUGGAGUCUAAACGGGGCAGGAUCUGUGCCAAAAGAGCCUCUCUCCGGAGUAGAAAGGAUCAGUGCAAAGAAAAUCAUCGGCUCAGAUUGCAACAGGCUGAAGAAAGCAUAAGAUACUCUCGUCAGCAUCACAGUAUUCAGAUGAAAAGAGACAAGAUAAAAGAAGAGGAGCAAAAGAAAAAAGAAUGGAUCAACCAAGAACGUCAAAAAACACUCCAACGAUUGAGAUCAUUUAAAGAUAAACGCCUAGCUCAAUCUGUCCGAAACACCUCUGGCUCAGAACCUGUGGCUCCAAACCUGCCAAGUGAUCUUUCCCAGCAGAUGUGCUUGCCAGCUUCCCACGCGGUGUCAGUAAUUCACCCGUCCUCUAGGAAAACUAGAGGUGUUCCCCUAUCGGAAGCUGGUAAUGUGAAAAGCCCCAAGUGUCAAAACUGUCAUGGAAAUAUCCCUGUCCAGGUUUUUGUUCCAGUUGGUGAUCAAACACAUUCCAAAUCCAGUGAGGAAUUGUCACUGCCACCACCUCCUCCUCCACCACCACCACCACCGCCGCCACCGCCGCCCCCACCCCCACCCCCACCCCCUCCUCUCCGUGCUCUGUCCUCAUCCUCUCAAGCUGCAACUCAUCAGAACUUAGGCUUCCGGGCUCCAGUGAAAGAUGACCAGCCACGUCCUCUAGUGUGCGAAUCACCUGCUGAGCGACCACGUGACUCCUUGGAAAGUUUUUCAUGUCCAGGAUCUAUGGAUGAAGUGUUGGCCUCCUUAAGGCAUGGCAGAGCUCCUCUCCGGAAGGUGGAAGUGCCGGCGGUGCGCCCUCCCCACGCCUCAAUCAAUGAGCACAUUCUGGCUGCCAUAAGGCAAGGGGUCAAACUGAAGAAAGUUCACCCUGAUCUUGGCCCAAACCCCAGCAGCAAACCAACCAGCAACAGACGCACCAGUGACCUUGAGAGGAGCAUCAAGGCUGCGCUCCAGAGAAUCAAGAGGGUGUCUGCUGACUCUGAGGAGGACAGUGAUGAGCAGGACCCUGGCCAGUGGGACGGUUAGGCUCAAGUUUGACAAAAGCACCUGCCACAGUAGGCUUGAAUAAAGUGGGUGAGUCUUAGACCUAUUGAAAAGCAUACUAACAGGGUGCUGAUAGAUGGGCCACAUAACACCCCGGAAGAUCAGCAGGGCCUUGUGUGGGCUGCUGCAGCAUUUUUUUUUUUUUUUUUCUUUUUUGAGAUGGAGUCUCACUCUGUCGCCCAGGCUGGGAUGCAGUGGCGCGAUUUCGGCUCACCGCAAGCUCCGCUUCCCAGGCUGGGGUGCAGUGGUGCGAUCUUGGCUCACUGCAAGCUCCGCCUCCUGGGUUCAUGCCAUUCUCCUGCCUCAGCCUCCCGAGUAGCUGGGACUACAGGCGCCACCACCAUGCCCAACUAAUUUUUUGUAUUUUUUAGUAGAGACGAGGUUUCACCGUGUUAGCCAGGAUGGUCUCGGUCUUCUGACCUCGUGAUCCGCCUGCCUCAGACUCCCAAAGUGCUGGGAUUACAGGUGUGAGCCACCACGCCCGGCCUUUUUUUUUCUUUCUUUUGAGACAGAAUCUCACUCUGUCAUCCAGGCUAGAGCGCAGUGGCGUGAUCUUGGCUUAUUGCAACCUCCACCUCCCAGGUUCAAGCAAUUCUCUGCCUCAGCCUCCCGAGUAGCUGGGAUUACAGGCAUGCACCACCACGCCCAGCUAAUUUUUGUAUAUUUAAGUAGAGACAGGGUUUCGCUAUGUUGGCCAGGCUGGUCUUGAACUCCUGACCUCGUGAUCCACCUGCCUUGGCCACCCAAAGUGUUGGGAUUAUAGGCAUGAGCCACUGUGCCUGGCCGAUGCUGGAGCUUUUAUGUGACACGGUGACUCUUAAAACUGGGGAGGGACGUAGAGAUGAGAGUUUCACACACCAGCCCAUAGGUGGGAUGUCAAGACCCAUCGGAAGUGUCGCUGGCCUAAGAGAAGAGCACUUAUUUCUCACCAUGGCUGAUCUAGAAUUGUUCCCUGAUUCUGAAAGAAGUUUACACUACACUGGUAAGCAGCACUAUUAGACUACUGACUGUGGCCUUCUGUGCAUAUGGAAUAAUGAUUUCUCAGAUUUGUAGGCUUGAAUGUGAAUGUUAUUUUAUCAGUAAUCAGAAUAAAUUGCUUAUAUUCAGGA